CGCUUUGUGUCGCCGUGCCUCGCAUAGUGCGUUCCAAGCCUUAAGCUCUCCCUUCUCCCUCUCCCUCUCGCUCUCUACCCUCCUCACCCUCCUGGGCGCGUCCUUUACAUCUCCCUCCCUUCGUCUCACCCCUGCCCCGCCCUCCCUCUCACUGGGUCCCGCUUCUCUUUCACCUCUUUUGGUCUCAUUCGUGCUAAGGGUUGCUUGAGAGCUGGUGGUCGCCUUUUCGUGCACGUUCGACGCCUGAGUGGAGGAUGAUGAGAGUGCACUUGCGGGUGAGCAGCAUGUGCGGCGAUGUGUGUGGUGUGUUGAAAGCCAAGGAGUUGGAUACUUGGAUGGUCUGAGUGCGUCGGGGGGUAGUAGCUGUGGUUGGUGGCUCUGGUUUGGGUUCGGUUUCGAGGGGGGUAGGGUGGGGAGACAAUUUGGGGAUGCUCGAGGAGGUGUUGUGUACAGAACGCCGGGCGGGUUUCUUGGAGAGAAAGUGGUGCGUAUCGAGUAUUGCCCGAGUGUCGUCGUGGAGGAGGAGAAUAAUUUUUCCCUAGUGGAAGUGCAAUUUUGUCGAUGUGAAGAGAUUUUGGGCAUCACUGGCCGAGCUGGGAGAUUUGUUGGUUAAGUGGGGAUUUGGUUGAAAGAGGAGGGAAGUUUUUUUUCAAAACUUCUUUGGUAUCCAUAUUUCUUCCUAUGCUCCUCUUUCUGGCCCUAUACGCCGGGGCUGUUCGUGUUGGUGAAGUUCGACCACUUGCGUGUAAACACCGAGGCUGAACUUUGUCGAUUACCCCGCGUAUGGAGAAUUGAAUUCUGGUACUCGCUUUCCCGCCCUGGAUGUUCUCUCUCUCUCUUCCCUAUAUUUAGCCGUAGACAAACUUUCUCUUCCUCCCGUUCCCAGUUUGUGGUGAUUACUGCGUCGUGGUUUGAUUUAGUAAUCGCCUCCUCUGUCUCCCCUUGCUAACUGGUGGCAUGAACGUGCUGGAUUGCACAGAAUAAUUUAGUAUUGAUGAUUUGCCUGAACAGAUUGUUCCCAGGCUUUUAAACCGUUUUUACGAUGUGAAAAUUGGGAUCUCUGAGCCGUGUGUCGUGUCGUAAGUAGACUACUAUUUUUAUAAUUAGCGUUUUCAGAUUUCGCUCAAGCCUUGGGCUGUGAUUGAUCUUGAGGGUUCAAGAAUGAUAGGAUUGUGUGAAUUGUUGCGAGACAUUGAGACAUUGCUUGCUGUUGUGAGAGUGCUAAAAGAAAGGUAAAGAGUGGAAACAGCUGCUGAAAUGCGCCCAGCCAGAGAAUAUUGUCGCCGCAGUUGAUUUUCUGCGGAGAGUUGAAUAUGGGCUUUAUGAAGAAAUCGGUUUUUGAGUUCAAGACACCCCACAUAGAAACUGCAGAAGUGGAAGCUGCUUCUAAAGCAGGGAGGAACUAUAAGCAAGUUCGCUAUUAAAUCCCCGAGGAAGAACGAAUAUAUUUAGAGGAGAUGAGUGCCAAGAUUGGUAUUUGAAAUUUGUUCUGCUGAGGGAAUAGCCUGUACAGCUCUCAGACAUCGUCGAUCUCGACGCACAGCCGGACUGCGAAAGGAUUAUCAAUGCUUCCCGCCUCAUCUCGAGCAUCAGAACACACGGAUAGGAAAGCAUCCGACGUGGUAGAGCCUCACGUGUUCUCGAUCGACCAUCAAAUGCCUCUUCCUUCGUCGUCGAGCGAGAAGCAGCUAGUUGCCCCUAAACACAAAGACAAACCAGUGACAGCGUCGCCAGGGAGGCGUUACAUCAUUGACAAGUCAGCCUCGGUCGUGUCGCUGAGCCAUUCUUUAGACUCCCCGCACUCGCGAAUUUCCUCCCCUUUGGUCGCCUUCCACCAAUCCAUGUCCACUUUGCAGGCCUCGUCCGCGAAGAACCUAGAAAAUGGAAGUAAUUCGGGCGCCAUGGGUGAGGGCGCAGACGAAGAGGACAAGAAGCUACGGGAGAAUCACAAGAAGAGGAGCAAGAAUUGGACGCGGCCAGAGUCGCUUCAGUUGAUUCGCCUCCGCACACAGCUUGAACCGAGAUUUUCCAAGAGCGGUCGCAAGACCGAGCUCUGGGACGAGAUUGCGGAAGCCUUGCACAAGAAGAAUUUCACCCGCGACGCACAGCAGUGCCGAGACAAAUGGGAGAAGCUGACCGCUGGGUACAAGGAAGUGCGAGAUGGGAUAAAGGACAAGGAAGAUAAUCCUUUCUACGACGAGCUCCAUUCUCUUCUCUCCGGGAAGUCCAUGAAGCGGGACCGAGAGAAGGAGCGCGACGAUCUGCCAGUCCAGGAACCUCCGAAGUCUUCAACCCAAGACACCGUCACUGUGAUAGAGCAGGACAAAGUGGAAUCUCUUCCGAAGACUAGCGAAACGCACGAAGAGGAUCAUGACGAAGCAGCCGGCGACGAGUCUGCUCGGAAGAAGAGACGGCCCGAGCCCAAGUUCGUGACAGUCACAGACAUUGAAUCUGUUCAGAGAGUGCUCGAGACCGUCAUCACCCGGCAGCAAAUUUUUUUCCGGGAGCUUUUGGACGCUAUGGAGCGGAAAGAACAGAUGCGGGAGCAGAUGCGGCAGGAGAAGGAAGACAAAUGGCGGGCUGAGGAACGAGCUCACCGGGGGGUGUUCAACAACGCAAUGAUUGUUCUUACUCAGAAGCUUGUGGGUGAGCAGAUGGGUGCAAGCUUGGCGAUGGCGUCCACUGCCACCGCUGCCCCUCAGACGGAGAUCCCCCCACCUCUCCCUCCAGCAGUAAACAGCCCUGAAGGCCCCUUGGGCGUCCCCAAGCGCCGCUCUAAGAACUGGAAACGGACUGAAGUUCUCCAGUUCAUCAAACUGCGCGGGGAGAUGGACAGCCGGUUUGCGCAUUCCACCCGCCGUGCAGCUCUCUGGGACGGGCUUGCGGAGCGGCUCUUGGUGCAAGGAAUCAAGCGGGAUGGUAAGCAAUGCAGAGAGAAGUGGGACAAGCUUAUGGCCGAGUACAAGGAUGUCACGGAUGGAAAGCGAGAUCAGCGAGAGAGCCCCUACUAUUCUGAACUCACUGCAAUCCUUGGCCGCCCAGUUGAAGCUCCAUGAUUUAGAUUGCGCUAUCUCCCCCGUCGCUACCAAUACGAAUAGAACGGAGAUGAAGCUUGGAUGAGACCCACCUAACCAGGUAUGCAAAAACGUUGAAUGGGUUGACAAGGAUCUCAGACAUUUUGCUCCAUGAAAAUUCAGCCAUGCAGUGCAUAAAAACAUCACGUGAUUGAAGCUGUCGACGUUAGUGGUGUUUAACUUCCGCCUGGCAAAGAUAAUAAUUUCGGACUACUAGGAGCCUUACAGCUAUGGAAUUUAUUGACAGGGGUGCUGAUGGUUGUGAAGCAUAUCACACGGUGGGAAGAACAUUGGUUGGGUUACCUUGAUUGUAAGGAGCCCCUCAGUGGAAAGAAAGCAUUAGUCUAUUAGCCGUGGCAUGUUUUCCCUGUUAAAUGGAUUCGUUUCACUCAUGUUUAGUGUAGUUUAUCGAGUCCUGCAGCUUGGGUUGUUACCCCAUCCCGCUAUCAUUUGGGACAUUCUUUUGUAUAUAAUGUAAGUUAUCGAGACGGGCUUUUAAACUCU